AUGGGGGGAAUAUCUGGUGUUGGUAUUGGUGUUGGAGGUGGAAAUGGAAAUGGAAAUGUUGGAGGUAUUAACGGAGGAGGUAAUAUUGGUAAUGGUGGAGUUAAUGGUAUGGGAAAUGGAUUGGGGAAUGUUUCAGGUGUAGUUGGUGGAGGAAAUGGUAUGAUGGGCAAUGGUAAUAAUGGAGGAGUUGGAGGUGGUGGUGGUAUUGGUGGUAAUAUUAAUGGAUGUAAUAAUAACAGUGGAAAUAAUGUUGUUGGUAACAAUGGAAAUGGAACACUUUCAUCAAAUAUAAAUGGUGGAAUAAAUAUUAAUAAUAAAUCAUCGAUAUCAUCAAUAUCAUCUUCAACAAUUGGUUCAACAUCAAUAACAACAGCAGAUAAUAUGCAAGCAAAUAAUGCAAAAGUUCAAGCAGCUGCAGCACAUGCAAAUAACAAUCGAAUUCAAACUGGUCCAGCAACAGCAACCAAUUUAUUAUUUGUAAGACCGGCAAAUGCAUCACUUCAUGUUGGAAAAAUACCUUUCAUGCCUGUACAGUUUCUUUAA